UAAUUAAUUUUUCACUUUAUCCGUUAUUAGUGUUUUUCUAUGUUAUCUAAUGAAUAGUUAUUUAACUUAUGAUAUGUGACUUGUUUAAGAAUUUUUAUUAUUGUUUUUUAGUUAAGUUGCAGUUGUUAUUUAACACUUCAUAAUUCAAAAUUGUBGAUAUGUUAACUAACAAUAUAACAUAUUUAUAAGUUUUUGUUGGUGUUAAAUUGUGCCUAGUUGCAGCUGUUAUAGAUAUUAAUAAUUCUAUGUGGYGCCAUUGACAGAUUUGGGUGAAGCGAGAUCUGAAAGUAAUCUUAAAACAUGAGUCAAAAGAGCUGCAGCAACAAUCGUCGGCCGAAUCCAGCAAGGGUAUACGAAGCGUUGCAUAAAAAGCGCGCGGCCGAGUGCGAAGCCAGAGAGCAAUGGGCUGGCGUGACACAAUACUUCAAGACGUGGGAGAAYAACUCGAACAAGUUCACCAGUUGGACUUCUCCGCAGUACUACAAAAAAAGUUCUGAGCUACAAUUGGAAAUGCGAAGACGAGAACAGCGAAAACUCGAGGAAGAACAAGAAGAAUUGCAGAAGUGGCGCAAAAAAUUACAGGACAGACAGAUCGAGGACGAAGAAUUUAAGAAAGGGCAAAUGAAAAAGAAACCCGUACCACUGUCUAGGCCUAAUUCAGCCGGGCAAAAACCGCCCUGCGAAGAAAUGGCAAUGGAAUUGAAACGCAAACACGACGCAGUCACGGACAGGGAGAUUGAGUUGAGACUUCACGUGCGAACCAAAUCGYGCGACCCUAAACAGGCCAAACAAUACGAAAUGCGAGAACGGGAGCGGUCUUCAGAGUCUUCAUGGGACGACCGGAUGAAGGAGAAAAAGUCGGCGGACCAAAAACGGCGAGAACGGUCGGAACAUGAGCAGCGGUUGACCGAAGAACGGUCCGCGGCCGAUCGAUUGGCCGAAGAGGAAAAACAUCGGACACGACAGGCUCGGGCCGCUCAGUUAAAAGACAAACUCGUCGGUCGUGUGGCCGAAUUAAAGUAA